AUGAAUAUAUCAAAUACCAUUAAAGAAGUAAUUCAAAUUUUUGCUCUAAUGGUUGUUAACUCUAAUUCACUUACAGAAGAGGAGUUACAAAAACUGUCAAAAGAAAAAUUAGCAAAAAAUUAG